AUGGAUUUUCUUUCGACUGUGGCCAAUAUUUUUGAUGGCGACUGUACGGUUGCCAUCGGUGGUAAGAAAGACUGCGACCGGGAGCGCCAGUUCGUGCUGUCAGAGUUUAUUGCCGAAAUUGGAAUGUGGCUCGAUGAGAAGCUUAAUGAUCAUCCGUUCGAUCCACAUCCAGCGUACGAACCGGUCGAAGGAAGACUUGGCCCCAGGCGAACCGUUUUCGACGUGACAGAUGACGGAUCGAUACUGGUUUCGAAGGAUAAGCUGACGCUCCAGUCGCAGAAUGCUUUCUCGACGGUUAAAGCAAACUGUUGCGUCUACAGUGGCCGCUGGAUGUAUGAGGUUCAGCUACGUUCUAAGGGUGUCAUGCAGAUUGGCUGGUGUUCGGCGCACUGUAAAUUUACGCAGGACACCGGUGUUGGAGACACACGGUAUAGCUACGGGUUGGACGGUAGCAAGCAAAGGAUCUGGCACGUUUACACACAAAAGUAUGGUCCGUUCUGGCGCUCGGGCGAUAUUUUUGGCGUGUGCGUAGAUAUGGACGUCGGACGUAUUGAAUACUAUCGCAACGGUGCUCCACUCGGUGAAGCUUUUAAGGACAUCGAACGCGGACCCGGUCUAGCCCUGUAUCCGGCGGUUUCGUUGGCGUUUAACGACAGUCUCACCGCAAACUUUGGUGGGUCCCCAUUCAAGCAUCCGGUAGACCAAUACAAACCACUCCAGGAAGCACCGGACGUAGCACUGUACCAGGCGGACUGUCUGUUAAAAUAUCUCGUCAAUCUUUCCGGUACCAUUUCGCAACACGCGAGAGUGUCCAAUGGUAGUCAAAAAGUGUUGACCUCUCUCGGUGGUGGAGUAGUAACACCGGAAUCGAUGUACAUGUUGCUGGCGGCUUGUUUAAUCGAAAGGAUCGCCCCAUUGCUGGGCAAUUCGUACGUGGUAGAGGAUAAAGUGUUCAGCUAUAUCCGUGGGAUGUGUGUGCUACGCAGCAAUAGCCACGGAAGUAAGAAUGAAGCUCCGACACAGCCCGGUGCUCCGGAAAGCACGCUCGGCACAUUUUUCACCGUUUUGUGGACGUAUCUGGAGCAAGAAGAGAUGAAGCUGUUCCUGAAGAAAUUGCUCAACUAUCUUGCCAACACCUACAAGGAAACGCCCGUCGAUUUGGAGUAUGAAAAGCAGCGUAAAAUUAUCGUCAUACUGACGUGUGUCUGUAAUCAUCCGGCCACGCGGAAGUAUCUCCUCGAGUACAAGUUCUUCAAGAAGAACUGUCUGCCACUGUUUCUCUACACGAAACCACCGGACGAGUCGACACUGGAGCAGUUAUUACCCGAUGAUCACAUAUGGACCGAAGGAUUGGGGGGCUCGAAAGAAACGUACUUGGCUGCUUGCGAACGACUAAAGGCGCACACCUCCGUGCUGUACACGCUGCAAAAGAAUCUUAUCCACAUUCUAAUGAACAAUACUGAUGGAAAUGAAACAAACACACCCAGUAGCAGACGAAUAUUCGUGACAAAGGUUCGAAAGUUUGUGAUGGAAAAUAAUGUUGAGUUGCGAGGUUUAUACUCCUCGACCACACAACCUGCGAUAGGACUAUCGUUUCUUUGCACUCUUCUGGAUGUGGCCAAAACGAUAUGGGAGGACGAAUGUGAUCAUGGUGAUUUGCCCGGAAAAGCUGGCCCACCCACAAUCGAUUGUCGAUUUUUCUAUGAUGGAACGUUCAAAUAUUCUAACCUUGAUCGUAUUGGCGGUGUACUUUCUUAUCUGCGGAAACAUUUCCGAGCGCAACUUAUCGACGCGCUCGGUGCGGAUCAUCCGAGUGUGCUUUCGGCUGAUCAACCAAGUGAUUUGCGAAGUGAAAUUGCCGCGUUCAAUGUGUUUCUCGAUUCGGCCAUGUUUCUCGUCUCCGCGGGUCCCUCCACUGCCUAUUCUCUAGUAUCCAGAGCGGCCAACAGCAUCCCGGAUCGCCAUCAACAAUCCACCCAGCAGACUAUGAACGGGAUGGACGAUGGUGCCGGUUCGACCGCAACCGGGCAACCAUCGCCAAAAUGUACAUCCGGUACAAUUGGUUGCGGCCCGUUGGAUCCUUUCCGUGCCGUCUGUGAGCUGCUCGACUGUUGCGUAAUAUUCUACAAUGCCGUCGCGCACAAGUACGUAGUGAUGAUAGCGGAUCUGCGGGAUAACAUAACGCACCUAUCGGAUAUACUACUCGAGACGAAGAGCAACUGUGACGAAGUGAUGCACAAUCUUGAGGAGCUAAAACGCUGCACGAUCGGCGGCACAAGUAACUCCAGCCAGGGACAGAAAUCACACGAAGAGCUACUUAAUGAGCUAGAGGCACGCUUUGGACAGCGGAAGAGUAUUUUUGCGAAACGAUCGAUGGAACUAGCUCGAAAACAAGCGUGGUAUCGUUCAGUAGCUCUCGGAUCACACCGGCGACGACUCCUCUGCUGGUUGCUUGGAAUAAUUUUCGAAACAUUACACACCUUCAGCACGGAGGAAAUUUUGUUUGCGUUCCUGCCAGAGACGUACAUCAACGUAACGCCCAUCCUGCUCGACACUGUGCUCGAUUUUAGCUUUCACGACACUGCCAUCCAACACGAUCUUGCCGACGACACUGAGCUAAUUCGCUCGUCGGCCAACUUUCUAGCCAAACACCUGGCCGACCCGCGUGUUAUUCUUGCUUCCUGCAAGGACGCUCUGAUUCAGGCGCUCGGUUCACUAACGUGUCACGAGGCCGGUAUCCGUGCGCUGGAAAAUGCGACCCCGGACAAUCAACAUGCCCUUGUCCGUGCGCUGUUGCGUCCGUACGAAAACCGGGCCUGGGGACAGAGUAAUUGGUUGUUGUUGAGAUUUUGGCUCGGCGAUGGGUUCGCUUAUCGUGAAUCACGCCCACCGUGCGUAUGGCGUGCGGGUAAAGAUCCUGCCGCUACUCAACGAUCACUCGGACUGUAUCGUAGCCGGGCAAAGAAUGGUUCCCACACGGGUCUGCUACACCUGAUCGCACCGGCCUGCUCGUCGAAACAUUUCCAACGUCUGAUCAGUGAAAUGCUCAGCAAAGAUGAACCGUACUGUACAACGUUUUUGAAUUCCGUUCUGUCCCAGUUAAAUUGGGCAUUUUCCGAGUUUAUACACAUCCUUCAGGACAUUCAAAACAUAUCUCAACGUGACGAGCAGCUCGUGAUCGAAACAAAGCAACUCAAAAUUUGCUCCAUGUGCUUCGAGCUGACCGUGUCGCUUAUGCGUGCGCUAGAGAUGAUCGUAACGAUCACGCCCAGCCUGCUGCAAGACGCGACAAGGGCCAACAGCGAAAUUAUCCUUAGUCGUAUCUGUCAGCUAGCUAUUCAGGUGCUCUCACGCGUUACCGUUCCGCCCGGUUGUUUCCAGCACGUAAUGGACCUGUGCUUGCCGGAUCUGAGCAACGUGACGCACUUUGCCAUCAUCAGUGCCGCCUUUGGGAUGCUGCUGGCAUUGAUGCGCCACGAACUUGGCAGCUCGACGGAAUGCAUUACGAAAAUACCGCGCAUUUCAAAGUAUCUCCUCACGGACACUAGUUUCCACAUUGCCAGUUUGGAGUACGCACUGGGCGAGGUGAAGACACCGAUAACAAACAGUAAUGGUGAAGCACCUAGAGGGAACUUUGAUCCAAAGAUGCGGGCACACAUUGAUCCACUCACCAACGAGGUUCGAGUGCCUUCGCCGUUUCGAAAGGCUGGCAGCAGUGGUGGUUCGGUCGGCAUGAAGGAAAUCAUUCCCGAUCCACCCAUCAUCAAGUUCAAUAUGGCCGACUAUCCCAGCCAUGUUCUAGCGGAAGAAGUUGGACAAAUUUCGCGAUUGAUUGAGAUUUUGCAGUUACGUCAAACGCUGCUCUCGGAGAUAACCAUCCUGUCGGAGGAUUCUCUAUGCCCAAUUUGCUACGCCAAGUCCAAUUCGGCUGCAUUUGACCCGUGUCAGCACCAAUCUUGCGAGACAUGCAUAAUGCAGCAUCUCAUGAACAGCAAGCAGUGUUUUUACUGUAAAAUUCUUAUCACACGCGUUACACGCCAGGAUGGGGCAAUCAUUUACGAAGCUUGCAAUACACCUCCAGCACCACCAGCACCAUCUAUACCCCGAAUGGAAGUGUCUCCUAUGGUGCUCACAUCUUCCAUCCCAAUGACAUCGAUAGAUCAGGUAGCGGACGAAAAUAAUGGAACAUCGCCGACUCCGGAUGACGACACAUCGCCCAGUGCUAUCGAUGACUUUGAUGGACCGCGAAACAGUGCAACAUCAAUCUAGUCGUCACAUUUCCACAUAAACUAUAUGGCGCUUUUGAAGCGAACGCAUGUGUGUAUUGCUCCACUGACCACAAUAGCGCUGUGCACGUGUUUUGGAUAUGCAGCGCCUGGAUGUACGUAAUCACUAAUGAGACGGGUUUUCCAACUCUUUUUGAUUUCGACCCUUUUAUGGCCGAAGUUAGCCAACGACCAAGAGGUCUCCAUGAUCUCAUAUCAGGAGAGCAACACUGAGGGUGUAGGGAAAAGGAUUGCAUACAUCGAGGCGUGCAUGUCUGCUACAAACCGGAUGCACCAGCAACACGAAGAAGGAAAGUAAUACAUGCGUAAGUAAACGCAUCGUCGUUGUUGCAUAUCGUCUGUUUGUAUGUUGGCUUUUUGCGCGUGAAGAAAGUUCACUAACAUUCACUCAAACAUUCUAGUCAAUCAAAACCGUUCGUUAGGCGAAUGGUGCUGCUAUCGUGCACUUUUCGCGGAUGCGCAAGCAUUGUUCGGAGGCUUUAAGUAACCUCAACUCAUGAUCUCAUUCAUUAAAGACUACCAUUUUACGUCGAGGGUGUGUACUUCGAGGUGUUUUAGUAAUAGCAACAAUUCUAGCUAGCCAAUUUCAUUUCUUCAGUUGCGUAGCAUAGCAAUGUCCCUUUAGAACCACCUUACCUCAAUCUACAAUUUUUGCUCAGCUCAAAUACGUACUCCCGGGUUUUCGGUAGGCUCUUUACAGGCAACGCACAUGUAUCCGCGAUCGCUAUUAUCCUUAUUAACCUCCCACACAAGUAAGGAUCGUAAUUCAGCUUGAAGCUUCUCGGUAUGACAGCGAGCAGUGUGUGUUCCUUA